AUGGGCGGUGGAAAUAUCCCUGAAGACUUUCUAGGAGGUCUUGAUGCAGCCCAUCCAAAGCUUAACCGAAAGGCAGCCAAGACAUCUAAAGAAAAUGCAAAAUCGGCAAACAUCUACUUUUUUGAUACCUUACCGAAAAAAUGGUUAAUAUAUUCCAUAGCAUAA